AUGUCCAACAGCAGGCCGUUGUCCUACGCGAGCGCCCUCAGUGGCAGACCGUCCACUUCGCAACAGAAUCACACGCAUCAUCCUCCAGGCAACGCUCCAGCACCUCACCCGCCCGCCAGCACCACUCCACCCACAGCAGGUCGACCUACAGAACGUGCCCCCCGCGCGCCGCCGCACCCGCGACGAACAACACCACCUCCCACCCAAACCUUCCACACUCCGCGCACCUCGUCUCCCGAAAAAGCAGUCUACGUUCUCACCCUGACAACCACCCCCUCCAUCCACGACCCCAUCAACGCUCUCCGCCGCCAACACUUCCCGGCCCAUCUCAACCGCACCCCCGCGCACCUCACCCUCUUCCAUGCCCUCCCACAUUCUCGCUUCAAGACCCUCACCUCCACCCUCGAAGCCCUCUCUGCUUCCACCGCCCCCUUCGUCAUCGCUACCGGCUCCCCCUUCCGCAUGCGUCGCGGCGUCGGCGUCAACGUUGGGACCGGCGCUGAGCAGGCGAAGCGGGUCCAUAGGGAGCUGCGCGACGCGUGGGCCGAGUUCCUGAGCGAGCAGGACGGCGGUGGGUGGAAGCCGCACUGGACGGUGCAGAACAAGGUCGGGAGCGAGGAGGAGGCGGCUGGAUCGUAUGAGGAGGUUAAAGGGGGUUUUAAGGGGGCGGAGGGACGGGCAACGGGGAUGGCGCUUUGGAGGUAUGAGAGGGGGCGGUGGGUGUUUGAGCGGGAGUUUGGGUUUGGGGGAUAG